CGUUUGACACGUGUGUGUUCUUUACACACAGUAAAGCAAACAGGGCGAUAUUAGAUAACAAAAUGUCUCAUAAAUUUAACAGUGAAUAAAUUAGCAACGUGGCUUCUUAUAAUGCUGUGCGCAAAAAAAAAUUGGUUUAUUCAGAAAUUCUUGUUCGGUAGGAUCUUCGAUCAAAACUACGAUGAGCCACACUUUUCGACAAUUUGUUUUUGCCAUUGUGAUAAUAUACGCGACCGCGAUUGGCGGAGCGCCCAGCGAGGAGGAGCUCGAGAGCAUCUUUCUACGUGUUUAUGUCGGAACUACUAUAAAUGAAUAUGUCGACUACUCGUUGGAGAACGUUAGCGCGAUCACAUCUCAAAUAAAUAACAAUAAGCCGACGGUGUUGUACAUUCAUGGCUUUUCGGAAAAUUUGGCAUCAGAGAGCGUACGUACGGUGGUGCAAGCUUACUUGAAGAGAAACGAUCACAAUAUUAUCGGAGUCGAUUACAGUCAAUUAGCGAACGACUCGUAUGUAACAGUGGUAAUAAAUGCCCCUCACGUCGCAGAUGCCCUCGUGACGGCUCUCGAUGAAAUGGCAAAAUCGGGCUUUGAUACAGAAAAAUUGCAUAUCGUCGGGCACUCCAUGGGCAGUCAGAUCUCCGGCUAUAUCGGCAGAAAAGUUAGCUUUCAGGUUCCCAGAAUUACGGGACUGGACCCUGCCGGUCCCUUUUUCAAUUUUAUCCAGCCUCGCCUUUCGCUGUCCGACGCCCGUUUUGUGGAUAUCAUACACACGGAUUCUGGAUUUUAUGGUAUUGCCAUGACUACGGGAACAGUAGAUUUUUUUCCAAACGGUGGUAAACGCAUACAACCCGGCUGCCCGGAACAUCCUACAUUUUAUAGCACAGAUGAUUUCUGCAGUCAUCAUUAUUCCUGGAAAUUCUAUGCCGAGUCUGUGAUCGACGAAUCUGUCUUCUUGGGCAUGCAAUGUUCUUCGUUAUCUCAGUUUGACUCCGGCAAAUGCAUUAAUAACACACAGAUCGUCAUGGGAUAUGCCACUCCGAACACUGCGAAAGGAACUGUCUAUCUUGUGACGAACGAUCAAAGUCCUUUUGGAUUGGAGAAGCGAGGACUUAUCUCGAAGAACUGAUCGUGUUACGUUGAGAAUUGCAAUAAAAGGAAAGGAUACCGCAAGAUUUCUAGAAGAAAGGAAUAACAAAUUCUCUUACUAGUAUGAAAGAAAAAAACUAGAAAGUGUAUCGACUUCUGCGACGCGCACACUUUAUUAUGCUACAUUCGUUAUAUAUUAAUGGACAAUCGAACGCAAUUCUUACUUCUUCGUAAUAAUCGUCGCUAUAUUAUUAUUCCGCGUAUUCAGAUGUCUUCUUGCCUUGCGCAUGAAAUAAUAAUGUCACCAUUAAUUCAAGGUCCAAUCGGCAGUUGUCAUCACCAUUGCGAUUCGCGAUAUAUUCUUGUAAUUCAAGUUCAAAUUUAUUAAAAAUGCAAAGCUGACUAGAUAACUGAA